UCUCCACUGAAGAUAGUUUACAACUUUUUCUUUACAUAUAAUUGAAAAAAAAAAAAAAGAGAGACUUAGUCAUUUCUUUGAUCUUCAUCAUUGGUUGUCAGGUUACAGUGAUUAACUUUAUAGGUUUAGACUAAGCUAUGGGCCCCUCAGUCCCCCAGAACUCCUGUGUUUAUGUAGUAAUCCCCCCUCUCUCGUGUGUGUGUGUGUGUGUGUGUUUUUUCUUCUAGGAAAGUAAAUACUCCCAGUUAUUUACCUAUGAGCAAUUCUAAGAAUUCUCAUUCCUCUCUAGGUUGAGUAACACAGACUGCAUCUUGUGGGCUGACAUAACGCACAUAUGUGCUUUGACUUCUCUUGUAACCAAGAGCUGUUCAACACUGACAGGCGGCACUGUAACCCAAAGAGUACUUUACUGGUAGAUUUCCUAGUUUUUCCAUGACCCUGGCUGAGCAAAUGUUCUUUAGAUUUGACCUAGAAAACCCUUCUUGUGUGUUUUGUAGCUUCACAAGCCACUGCUAAUGUACCUUCUUCACUUGGGCCACCCACCGUGAUUUCUGUUCUGGAUUCCCUGAGCCAAAUACCCUUGAUGGGAUGGUUCAGUGAUGUGGAUGGAUGGCUAUUUGUAUAAGGGCUGAAAACUAGUUUUUUAAAAUGGGAGAGCUGGGCAGUUACUUAUACUCUGAAGCCCUCCUCUUUCUCUGCUGGGGCUUUCCCAGCACUUCCUCAUAGUUCCGUGUAUUUCAGAUAAGAUAUCAUGAUUGUUAGGAAAAAAAAAAAAAAAGAAAGUUAGUUUUUAGCCUUCUGACUUUUUAAGUCAAGUGAGACUUUUAUAAUUUAGUAAAUAGUAGCUCAUUUUUAUGGUAGCUAUUUGAUGAUUUUAAUUCUUGAGCGGCACUGAAGAAAUCCAAAGAAGUUCAGUAGAGAGUAAUAGCUGUAAAGGGAAGAAGGGUGAUUUGUCAAACUUCAGAAUCAACUUUAAAUGUAAAAACAAAAAGAUCAUUCCACCAACUCAAACCACCUCUUCAUGGUCUGAGCCCUUGUUGAGUGAGGAGAGAAAACAUUUACAGAACACCUGGAAAGACCUUUGGGCCUGGAGCUUAGAAAUAUGUGGAAGCCUCAUAUAAUGAGUUCUUUAUUCAUUCGGUGGACAGCCAGGUCACUAAGGAGCACUUUUUGAUAAAUUAGUGACUAAAAUCCCCUUGGGCCAUCUCCUAAAAUGAUCUUUAUCAUAAUAGCUACAGUAAAAAGAAAGAAGGAGAGGUAUUAAUAUGGGUGGAAGUCAGGACAGUUUCCUAAUGCCAUGGCUUACAAUUCUGAGAUUUCUCCAGGCAUCAGGACAUGUGCGCCACAGGACUUUGCUCUCUUAGGAGAUCCUUUAGUUGGUAUCAGAUGUGGCUGUGGAGGGUGCUUUUUAAGCAUUGCUAACUAUGGGUGGGUCCCUCUCAGAAGGAAGGACUGUAAGAGGUAUGAAACUUCUGAGAAAAUGAGCUGUCUUCUCUUACCAAGCGUCUGCAGCCAGCACAGUGCUGUAGGCUUUAGUUGUCUGUCAGUUCCCAAGCUGAGCUGUCUCCUUCAUGGAUAGGAUUUGUUUGUUUAGAAAAAACAACAAACGAAGUUCAUUCUGUUUAUAACUCAGAGCAUUUGUUUUUUCUGCUGUGGCUAAAAUACUUAUUUAUUCUUUCCUAGUGGCGUUAGUCGGGGCGGAGUCAUCACUUGCCUUUCUUUCUUUCAGACCGGAACAUGAACAUUUUGCAGUACUGCCCCUCUUCCGACAUCUGGACGCUGUUUGAAACGUGUGACGUCCACAUUCGCAAGCAGCAGAUGGUGUCUGUGGAAGAGACCAUCUACAUCGUCGGGGGGUGUCUCCACGAGCUGGGGCCCAACCGCAGGAGCAGCCAGAGCGAAGACAUGCUCACCGUGCAGUCCUACAACACCGUCACCCGUCAGUGGCUCUACCUCAAGGAGAACACGUCCAAAUCGGGUCUUAACUUGACUUGUGCGCUCCAUAACGACGGCAUCUACAUCAUGAGCAGAGAUGUCACCCUGUCGACCAGCUUGGAACACCGAGUGUUCCUCAAGUACAACAUCUUUUCAGAUAGUUGGGAAGCAUUUCGGCGUUUUCCAGCUUUUGGACAUAACUUGCUGGUUUCUUCUCUUUAUCUGCCCAAUAAAGCAGAAACAUGACUGAAUUGAAUUAGUAGAUGAAAGAAACCUGGUUCAAGAUUUUUUUUAAAAUGUGGUGUCCCAUUCCAAGGGAGACCGAUUCCUAAAGGGUAAAGAAGGGUUAAAGUAGGUCACAUAUAUACAGUAGCAGCUGUAAAUAAGCUUACUUGAAUUAAUUACUUGAAAACUGUUGGAAAAAAGAGACCAACUUUGUUAUUUUUUAAAUUAUUGAUUUUUAAAUUAUGGGAGCAAAUCCAUCUCCAGACAUGAUACUCGGGCCAAUGACGGAUCAUCAAAAUGUAGAUUCAUUGUGUCUGUGUGGUAAAGGGCCAAAGUCAAUAAUUGGAACAAAUGGUAAAGAUGAUUUUAAAAUCUGUUGUAUUUAGGACCCUUGACAUGUCAUUAGCACCUUAAGUGAGAGGUUUUCUUAUCAAUGUGCUUGACAAGCAUUCAUAUUAACAUACUCGUUCUCUCUUCUCCAUCACCCAUACCCACACAUACAUCUAGUAUGUUUAAAAUAGGGUUCUGUGUUCAGAUAUUUUGUUUGCACACUACUUUUUAGGAAACUUAUAAUGAUGGAGCCCUACAGUGAAUCCUUACCAGUGUUCAGUCCUCCCCAAAACUUGGAUAAAAAUAUUCUCAGCUAUUUUUCCAGCCGUUUUUGCAGUUACAAAUGCUGAAUAAAUAGACUGAUGUAACCUUUUAUUUUAUUUAUGUGGCAGACUGCAUAUUUAUGUGGACACAUAGGUUGCAUUGCUAGGCAUUCUGUAUGGUUUUAAAGAGGAUAUAUUAUUUAGAAAAAUGGAUAUAUGAAUAUUUUUAAAAAUUGAGUCUUAAAUUUAAAUGGGAAGGGAAGAAAACACCAAAUAAGAAAAAAAUUUGCCUUUAAGAGUUACCUUUAUUGAAUGUAUUUGACUUAGUUCUUAUUUUAAGGCUAAAAACACUUUGUCAUAUUUAAGUCAGGCAACUUUCUAAUUUAAUCUUAGCUUUGUAAUUCAUGUUUUUGCUUUUGUAGACUAAGGUAAGGACAGCAUUUAAAUAUUUGUGCUGGAGUGAGGGGAAGACUCUCCUACAGAAGUGGAAUGGUUUCUGGUGGUAUUUCUGAAGUUAGGUAAAGUGCUUUACCUGCCUUGGUUAAUUGAAAUAGAAUUCAGCUCAAGCAGUUGUUUUCACUGAGUGAGUUAACAAUAAAAGCUUCUGCCAGUCAUAGGUCAACAUUCGUCAAAAAUAUAUAUACUCAUACUUAUGGAAAUUUUAUUUUGAUUGAAAACACUCUGAAAUUAUCUGAUAUUUUGUGAUGGAAUCAGUUAAACUGUGAGCUGGAUUCCAUUUUUCUGCAGUAACAGCAGGCAGAACCAUUUCAGUUAGCAUGUGCCUCACUUUAAGAAAGUCCCGUAAGGGGAAAAAAAACUGUCAGAACAAAUUCAUGCAUUCAACAAACACUUACUGAGUGCCUGGAGUAUGCCGUCCACUGUGCAGAUGUAGGUAGGACAGGGGCUAAUCACUUAGAGUUCUUCAGUUUAUUAGCGGAGUCAUUACAGGGUUUCUUUACAACCAUGGCCUCUAGUAUACUUAAAAUAAGGGUCCAGUUAUAAAAAGCCUAUUUGCACAACUUUUUGGGAAUACUUCUAUUAACUAAAAUGAGGUAAGCCAUUAUUUUGGACAUAGAGAUCUUUGUAUCUUAUCACCAAAUAAUCUUAUCUCUAGUCUACUUAUAACUUUGUAAGGGUUUCUAAGCUGUGCCCAUUUAUUCCCAAAUAUUAUGCCCUUAAAAAAUAACCUCUGAACCAAAAUCUUCCCAGGAAUAGUACUUAAUAGAUUUUAAUGUUAAUUUAUAUUCAUUGUAGAAAUGAAUUUCCAGUGACCUAUAAUUUCAUUACAUAUAUUUUAAAAUUUAAUUUAUUUUAGAUGAUGUUAACUUUUUGUUGCUGAAAAGCUGAACUUUUUAAAGACUUAGUCCUAUACAUUUAGAAGAUGAGUCAGUUGAAUUAGUACUGGACAAACAGUUGGAGAUUAGUUUGCACAUAAGCACAUCAUAUCCAAUACAGUAUUCCAGCCAACCAGUUAAUUCUCUUCCUGAUUACAUUCAUUGGGUCUGUUUGCCUAAUGUUGACAAUUAAAUUCUUGGAUCAAGUGGAGGUAUGCUGUGAUCCACAAAGCUCUUUUAUAACCCAGGUUUUGUGUGUGUGUGUGUGUGUGUGUGUGUGUGUGUGUGUGUUUGCAUAUUAUAGACAGACAUCUAACAAGAUUUUGUUAUUCUGGGCUGCCAAGAGUACUUGGGAAAGGUGGACUGUGCAAUAGGAACCGAUCUGUGCAUGUUGUGUCAUCGUCCUUCCUGCUGCGCACAUCAGCUCUGUUGACAUUUCGAAGGGUCGUUUUAAUUUAGCUCUGUUCUCUUGUUGGUGCCAGUAUUACAUUGAAGACUCUCACCUGUGAUAGAGGCAAUGUUGCUUGGAAAAUCUUCCUUCAGGUGGAGCUUGCAGUUAGCUGAGAUUGCGCCAUUGCACUCCAGCCUGGACGACAGUGCAAGACUCUCUCCAAAAAAAAAAAGAAAGAAAGAAAGAAAAAAACCUCCCUUCAUCCCACAGGACUGUCCUUUACUCUUUGAUAGUAUCUCUCUAUUUUCUUCCCAAUUCUCUAAAUACUUUAUCAUUUUCUUCUGAGAUUCUUCUGAGGGAUGCUGACCUCCCACUAUGGGGAAAGGGGUUGCUUGGAGGACCUGGGGUGGCAUUCCCCAACCAGAAGCACCCUAUUUUAUAGAUAGCAGUCUGAAUGGUAGAGAGAGAGUCCUGUGUGUGGGUUGUUAGAAGGUUGGUUCUUCCUGUCAUUCUCUCUGGCUUUCCUUUCAACCCUCGUAGUUUCAGAGGCCUCUCCCCUUAGCAUCCUUUAAAAGGUUUUCUGAUGAACGUGUAAAAGAGUUGAUCAUUUCAACAGUACUGGUUAAGUCACAAUGACGAAGUGCUGAGAAGGUUAUGGGUACCAGGAAGAAACAAACAGAAGUCUUAAGAUUAGAAUGAGAACCAAAGAUAAUUUAACCCUGCCAUUUUUUUUUAACACCAAGAUCCUAAGUUAUUCCAAAUGCCUUAGAUAUCAACAAAAGCUACACACCAUUGAGAUGGGCAAAAUUCUUUCUCUACAGAGGUAGUAAUCAAGUAAAUGCCUGUUCUCUCUCAAUGAAUUGUUGCUUAUUGAGCAUUGUGGGUGAUGUGUUUUCAGAUUUCUAGGUGAAGUUCUGACCCUACCUGUUUGGCCAAAGACAUACAUUGAGAGGAAAGGCCUUGGUCUUCCUGAUCAACCAGCACUUAACGAACAGUGGCUUAAUGCAGAUCACUCAAGAGGCAGCCUAGCAAUGUAAAAGGAGUAUGAGUAGGGGUUGGGUGCCUUUUUCCUAGACCAGGAGUGGGAAAUACAUAACACCUGUGCCACCGCUCUUUUAAGGAGGCAUCAUGAAUGAGUGCAGCAUUCCUGUCCUCUGUGCCAGGAUUUGCUCUUAGAAUCCAUGUCAGAUUGGUGCUUCCAGACAUCUAUUCCCAGUCCAUCAAGUGAAAUGAAGGCUGUUCACCAUCCCUGCCUUAGAGGAGUUGAAGGAAUCAAGUUGGUAGAUACCAACCAAAAUGGCUUUGAAAGCAGUGAGCUGAUUGAGCUCCAGUUCUGUGGUUACCAGAAAUACUGAGUGUCUGUCAUUUGCAAGACAAUGCUAAGAACUGAGAAUACAGACAUAAAUAAGUCAUGGUCCAUGACCUUGAAGAGUUUAUGGCCUUAUAGAGAGGUUCACUGUAAUUGUCUUCACCAGGGCAUCAUCUCAAAAAUGCCCACUUUUGUCUGGCACAUUGGGGCUCGGUGGUCUGGUGGUCCCUUCGGUCUUGGCCCUAUCCUUUGUUUUUGUGAUUUGCUAACAAUCAUCACGAACCAGUUUUGUUUUUCUCUUAAAUUUGAACAUCACAUCCUGUGUUUUAGGUUUUUGCUCUAUGCCUUUUUCUCAUUCCUUUUCAUAGUCUUCUCUGUACUUCUUUUUUUGUGUGUGAAAAAAUGAAAAUCAUAUGUAAUCUGCUUUAUUUAAAAAUGCUCACUAAGCACUGCAGACUUUGCAGUUAGGGGCUCAGCAGCUUGGUCCAGUGAAAAGGAGGAGUGAAGCCAGGGAAGUUAGUAUCCAAGAGGGGCAAGCUGAUUGCAUGUGCAUUUAUACCUAUGCCUUUAAAACAUUCCCAUAAAAAGUAUUAAUAAAUUUCCAUUCCACACUAGGACUGAUGAAAAGGCGGUUGAUUUUGCCUUGUGAUAAUUAUCAAAGGAUAGUUUUUCAUCCUUAGGUUUUAUUCAAAUAAGAGUUUUUUUUAUUUUUAUUUUCUCUGUUAACUUAGGAACACAUCAUAAAUUCACACCAACUGACACAUUGCUGACAUCUGUACUUGACAUAACCAUUUUUAUUCCUACCGGAAGCAUUAAAUAUAAAAGAUGGUUAAUUUUGAAGAGCAAAGGGUGCUGAAAUGACUUGUACGGCUGGCUGGUGCUUUCUUAAAUGGAUUGCCAUAGUUUAGUAAAGAAUGUGAUUUACAUUAUUGUCAUUUUUUCUAUUAAAACCUUAAGAAUGGGGCGCUUUAGCUGUCCCUGCAGUGUUUUCAUAUCUAGUAGUCAUUUUAGGGAAAGUGAUAAUCUGUAAAAUGAAUAGUUAUGUUUUGAUAUGACUGAUACUUUCUUUGUUAAAAGGGUGUAUUAAGUCUUCAAUUUCAAGUGUAGCUUAAAAGUGUAAACAUUAUGUGAUUCAUUUGAAUACAAGAAUGCCUAUGAAGUACUCACUAUAACAGCAUUCCUUUUGUGUUUAGAACUAUAGAAGAAAAUAUCUUCAAAUAAAGUAGUUCUCAGUCA